AUGGACAACCAGACCGAUACCCUCAAAUUACAGACUCAUCGACGUGUUACCCGCUCCAUGGUCAAAAACGAUGUGAGUGACACAAAACCCAUCAAAACUGAGAAACGUAGGACAACAUCACGAAAACUACCCUCUGGAGUCGUACUCUCGGCAUCUCGAAUCCCUCCAAUCUCCAGGGAGCGUUUCGGUCUGAUCCAAGAAACCGUCGGAACAGAUCUGUACCAACUCCUCGUUGCAGCCGUUCUCUGGAACAGGACUCGUGGAUCCCAAGCCCGCCCAGUUUUUCAAGAGCUCAUAUCUCAGUACCCAACGCCAACCCACCUCGCAGAAGCAAGUUUCUCCGAUCUCGCAGAUCUCAUCCGUCCAAUCGGACUCUACAACUCCCGUGCCGCUCGGUUCAUCGCCUUUGCCAAGUCAUGGCUUGACAAACCACCCCAUAAAUCAAGGCGGUACAGAAAGCUGCAUUAUCCCCUGCAGGGAGAUGGUUUAGGCAUUGGCAAGGAUGAAGUCUUGGAUGAAGAUGAUGUGAGACAGGGCUGGGAGGUGGCGCAUUUGCCGUCCCUUGGUCCGUACGCGAUUGAUAGCUAUCGGAUCUUCCACCGAGACAUGCUGAGGGGUUUAGCCGAUGAUUGGAAUGGCUUGAAUGCAGUGCGGGGGUUUGAGCCCGAGUGGAAGAGGGUCGUGCCACUUGACAAAGAGCUGAGGGCUUAUUUGCGAUGGAUGUGGCUGAAGGAGGGCUGGAUAUGGGAUCCGGAAACUGGCAAUAAGAUUAAAGCUUCUGAAGAAAGGAUGGAAAGAGAGCGCGAUCGGUCAAGAAGUUUGUCUCCCGAGGGAUUUCGAGCACGAAAGCAAUGA